AUGGAAAACUACCACAUUUAUAACGAGAUUGGUCGUGGCACGCACUCGAGUGUGUACAAAGCACGACGGAAACGCAGCAUCGAGUACGUGGCGAUCAAGUCCACAGCCAAAAGCCGCAGGGACAAGAUCCUGAAUGAAGUCCCGUUUCUGCACAAACUAGACAGUCCCCACGUGCUCAAGUUCCUCGACUGGUACGAGUCGUCCAACCACAUUUGGCUCAUUCUCGAGUACUGCGUGGGCGGUGACUUGCUCAAUCUCCUUACGCAGGACAAGCAGCUGCCCGAGUCAGUUGUCAAGUCCUUUGGCUUUGAGCUUGUAGCUGGACUGCAAUAUCUGCACGCCAACAGCAUUUUGUACUGUGACUUGAAGCCUGGAAAUGUGCUUAUUGACGAAUUUGGAUCGCUGAAGCUGGCAGAUUUCGGCCUUGCACGACGUAUUCCUGGAAGCGGUACGCCACCUGCACGGCCACUCGCACCAGGCUCGCCACACUAUAUGGCACCGGAGUUAUUCCAGCAGACGGCAGUACACAGUUUUGCGUCGGAUUUUUGGGCUUUGGGAUGUGUGCUUUAUGAACUCAGAACAGGUCGACAGCCGUUCAUACAUACUACUUUUUCCGAGCUUGCCCGAAUGAUUCAAACAGAAGCAAUGCAACUUCCUCUUUCCGAUUGUGGAAUGUCGCUUGAGUUUUGCGAUCUCCUAAGGCGAUUGCUAGAAAAAGACCCUUAUCAGCGUAUUACCUGGGAUGAGCUAGUAGUUCAUCCAUUUUGGGAUGGUCUGCCUCGUCUCGCCAAUGUUGAUAUGCCUCCGCAGACGAUAUUUGAUAAAGGGUCUUCAUUGUCGCUGGAAUUCAGAUAUUUUCGAUCGCUCGAGAGCAAAGAUGAACCACCGGAUGAGGGCGAGGCAGUAACCGCCGACGAUGAAAUCGACUCCAUAAGUCAUGGGUUGCCUGAUCCAUUUCGGGUGAUGCAAGACCAUGUUAUAAUGAGUGCAGUCAACAAUGAAGUCCGAGCGCCUAAUUUGGAAACGCACGAUUUGCCAAACAACGAUGUAGAUCCUGACGACGAUACCUAUGAUGACCAAGCUGACCAAGGCAGCUCCGGCAAAUUGACUGGUCGCCGACCCCUCGGUGCCAACGACCUACGAUGCCUCAAGCUGCACCUGCUGCUUCCCGUCCUGUUCGAGGACAACGGACACGAGGACAUCAAAUUCAGCUGA